AAUGAGAUGGUCCGCCCCUCCCAGGCUCUCUCCAUUGGGAUGCAAUAAUCCCCAACGUGACGACGGCUAUUUGAGCGCUCCUGUACUCACUAAUCUGCGCAGAUCCCGCUGAGCUUUUGGUAGGAGAGUCACACUUCUUGCUGAUCAAAGCCUCGAGAGAUCCCUGCUGCAGACAUGGGCCGCCAGGAGGGUGACUACGCGUGGAAGAAGAACACGGAAAACAUCCAGGAGAUUUUUGACAUCAUAGAGGAGCUGGGAUCGGGAGCGUUCUCUGAGGUCUACAUGGUGAGAGAGCGGAAGACUGGAAAGAACUUUGCCAUGAAGUGCAUAAAGAAGAAAAAGAACAGGGACAUCAACUUGGAGAACGAGAUUGCAGUGCUGAGAAAAAUCAAACACGAGAAUGUUAUCGGGAUGGAAGAUUUCUACGAAAGCCGGACGCAUUACUAUCUAAUCAUGCAGCUCGUCUCAGGAGGCGAGCUGUUUGACCGUAUCCUGGACCGAGGAGUUUACUCAGAGAAGGACGCCAGCAGGGUGAUCCAGCAGGUGCUGGAAGCCGUCAGCUACCUGCACCAAAACGGCAUCGUCCAUCGGGACCUCAAGCCAGAGAACAUCCUCUACUACAGCCAGGACGAGGAAUCCAAGAUCAUGAUCAGUGACUUCGGCCUGUCAAAGAUGGCCGAGAACGGCAUCAUGUCCACAGCCUGCGGCACCCCGGGUUACGUAGCUCCUGAGGUCCUUGCACAGAAGCCCUACAGCAAGGCGGUAGACUGCUGGUCCAUUGGUGUCAUCACUUACAUUUUACUCUGUGGUUACCCCCCGUUUUAUGAAGAAAGUGAGACGAGACUCUUUUCCAAGAUCAUGAAGGCCCAGUAUGAGUUCGACUCGCCCUUUUGGGAUGACAUAUCUGAAUCUGCGAAGGACUUCAUUCGUAACAUGAUGCAGAAGAGCCCCAGCAUGCGCUACAGCACAGACCAAGCUCUCAGACAUCCUUGGAUUAUCGGAAAGACGGCCCGGAGCCAAGACAUCUACUACUCCGUCAGCGUUCAGAUCCAGAAGAACUUUGCUAAAACCAAGUGGAAGCAAGCCAUCAACGCCGCCGUAGCCAUCAAUCACAUGAAGAAGCUGCAGCAGGCCAACUCGGAGGUCACCUUGAGGAAAGUCAGCGUCCCGGACAUCACAGUCAUCGACGUGUCCUCGCCAACAAAGAGCCGCAAACGUCUUGAUGCGGACAAGCAGGAGCCCAAGAAGGGAGACGUCAACGGCAACAUAAGCGAGACCCAUCAGAUGUCUCUGCCCGCGAGCCACGUAGACCUGAAGAGCCCCUUCCACCCGCUGAAGGCCAGCCAGAGCCAGGCGGCAGGGCACCACGCGCCCACCAUGGCCGAGCAGGUGAAGCACGUGUACCACUCGGAGCCUGCCAACCUCAACGGGUACGCUAAAAACCAGAGCGGCAAGACUUUGCAGACAGGAGUUUGCACCAUCAUGUGAGAGCCGGGUGACGUUUUCAUGGGACAAAGCAUUUUUUGGUCAGUGCUGCUGUGUUGACUCAGCACGACGCUGUCUUGUGUCAGCAGCUCCUCUUUGCUCAGAGUAAGAAGAGGCUGACCCGCCAGCGGACCCGUGUGGUCCGCACCGUCCACAGUCUGUGAGGCUUUUUGUCGGAAAGAGUGCCAAUAAAAACUCCCCAACAGCCACACUGAAGCACACAAACUUCCAAACCUUUACCCGAGAUGCACAUCUUCACAUGGUAGAUGUUUCAAAUCCAAGGGAGGAAAUGAUGGACUUAAUGUUGGACUGAAAUAGACAGUUCCUGACCUCCGAGGUCCAAGACAGCAUGAUUUGUCUCAUGUUUGUUUGCACCUUUUAGAAAAAUCAGCGUUUGAAAUACAGAAGGCACACGCAGGAAGUGCAUCCUCCUUUGUAAAUAAAUAUGAACCCAAACUGCAUUUGUAAAUUGUAAAUAAUUUUAAAUAAGAGCUCCUAGCUUCUUGUAAGUGACACUGAUGUAAGGUGUUUUUUCUUGACUCUUCAUGUAAUUGUCUUUCUUUGUUUGUUCAAGCAAAUAAGUCACAUUAAGUAUGAAUGUUGCAAGUAUGAUUAAAGUUGCCAAUGCAUAGCUGUCAUAUGCCAUCAGCAUGUUAAAACCUAAAAGUGUAUUCAUCACUGUUAGUGUUCUGGUAAAAUGCACUUUAUACCGUGCUGUUUUUUAUUUUAUUUUAUUGAAUUCUGUGAAGCUUUAGCUUUUCAGUGUAUUCUAAGGGAAUCCUGUUUGCUUAGAAAUAAAAGCUACACGGACAAUCUUUGUCAUUCAUCUACUUGAACUCACUAUUCAAUAAAUAUUCUUUAUAAACCAA